UCCAUCAGCUGACUGACCUGACAGAAGGCAAACACUGUCAGCUGUUGGACGCAGGUAUUUGUUAUCUUCUAUUGUUCAUCUGUUUUCAGAUCCUUCCACCAUAUAAUUUGCAACAUUCCACGAAUUUCAUGGCAAUAUGAUUUGCGGAUGGUUUUCGAUGGUCUCUCCACCAUUCCACAUGCGUGGAGGUCAAUUUUGUAGAGGCGUCCUACGAUCGGACCUCGACUCUCUUUUCAUUCAAGUCCGAGACGCCGUCGCGUGUGCAGUUGUUUUGUGUGUAUAGUAUAGUAUAUAGUUCGUUCGUGAAACUGUAGGUGGUAGCUGCAAUCUUCCAGCUGAAGAGUUGAGGGACGUUCGACAUGUAUGUGAUCGGUGGAAUCGAAGGUGGAGCUACGCAUUCCACAAUAGUACUUCUUAAUUCAGAAGGUAAAAUAAUUGCGAAAGGCAAUGGUCCUGGCACCAAUCAUUUCCUGCUUUCAAUGGAAGAAUGCUGGAAGAGGAUCGCUCAGAUGGUGGAGGACACCAAAUUGGCUGCGGGAAUCCCGAAAGGGACACCUCUGAAAGCAUUGGGUUUGAGUUUGAGCGGUUGCGAGAAGGAAGAGACGAACAUCGAGCUGGCCGAUGGAUUGAGGAAGAACUACCCGAAUGUUUGUUCGCUGUGCGUUGCCAGUAGCGACACGGAUGGUAGCAUAGCAGCGGUUUCCGCGAACGGUGGUAUUACAUGCAUCGCCGGUACUGGAUCCAACACGCUUCUGAUCAAUCCCGAUGGUUCCAAGUACCAAUGCGGAGGAUACGGUUACAUGCUUGGAGAUGAAGGCAGUGCAUGGAAAAUCGCCCACACAGCAAUAAAAUACUGCAUAGACUCGAUGGAUGGAUUCGAGAAGAGUCCGUACUCUAUAAAAACGGCUUGGAAUCUGACUAAGGACCAUUUUAAGGUCGAGACGAGUGUUGAUCUUCUGGAUCACAUGUACACGAAAUUCGAUAAAGCUUUUAUGGCUUCGCUCUGCAAGAAGUUGGCUGAUGCUGCAAGGAACGGAGAUGAACUCUCGCAGCAUAUCUUCCGACGAGCUGGUGUUCAUCUCGCUAAAGGGAUUACAGCCGUUGCAUCAAACGCUGCCAAAGAACUGAAGGAGAGGGAAGGUGGUCUGCAGAUCUUGUGCGUGGGAUCCGUGUGGUACAGUUGGGAGUUGCUCAAGGAUGGUUUUCUGGAGCAGCUGGAACGGCAGACUGUUGUGGAGAAGUUGUCUUUGUUGAAGAUCAAGACCACGAUUGCUGUUGGGGCUGCGUACAUGGCCAGCGAUAGGCUGGGUCUUGAUCUGAAGAAGCAUUACGACGACAACUACGAGACGUUUUACACUUACAACAAGUUUCCAUCGAAUGGAAUUUUAUAAUAUAUUUUGCAGCUUUAA